AUGGGCACCCGUCAUCUCGCCUUGGCAGAGUGGGACAUUUCAACCAGCGCGAUGUCCGCCUCGGUGCAUCUUCAUUCCGUCCUGCUCCAGGCUUUACCCGCAGCGCUGCGAGACACCGAAGCAAAUAUUCGAUGUCCCCUCGCGCCCAAUGCUAUUCGAGACGCAGCUGGCAAAGCGGGUUGGAAGGUGCGAGGAGGAAUAACGGUCAAAUCACCUGAUCUCGAAGACGCCCAAUGGGAGGUCUAUGCCGCUAAGGCAGCCAUCGCGAAAAUGAAGAAAGCACAAUUAAAGAACGAAGACCAGAUCGCUCUGGAUGCUCACGAGGCUGCAUUGCAAGCCGCAAUAA